GCGAGUCUGCCGUGAAACAUCGACGCACCCUCAGUCUGGCUGAGGAAGACAAGCGGUCCAAGGAACUUCGCAGGCUUGCGGUGGAGGAGCUCAUCAAGCGGCGCGAGGACAUCGGCUGGAUAGUGGAGGGCGACUUUGACGAGUAUGUGGCAAGGAUGGCUCGGCCCGGAACUUGGGGCGGCGAGCCCGAGCUCCUAAUGCUUUCGCAGCACGUCCUGGAGAUGCCGCUGGAGGUGUAUUUGGUGGAGGACGGGCAGUUCAAGCACCUCCUCACCUACUCCCAGGAGCUACCAGGAGAGGCCAUUCGGGUGCUAUUCCAUGGACAAGGGCACUACGAAGCCCUGCUGCGUGUGUGA